CACAUCCUCAAGCUCUAACUUAAUUUCUCAUGGCCGGAAUCACACCAUUUUUGGCCCUCCUCCUUCUCUUAGUAGCCGCUCCGGCCCUAGCUACCAACUAUACUGUUGGUGAUAGCCAACAAUGGAAUCUUGGUGUAAAUUAUUCUACAUGGCUAUCAGGCAAAACCUUCAAAGUUGGAGAUAAUCUUGUAUUCAUAUACAGCAGCGCGAGUCAUGAUGUGGCCGAAGUGAAUAAAGCCGAUUAUGGUAGUUGUUCAAAAAAUAAUAUUAUUAAGACUUACAAUGAUGGAAAUACAAUUAUUGCUUUAAAUACAACUGGUUCUAGGUAUUUCAUUUGUAGUUUUAGUGAUCAUUGUUCAAAAGGAAUGAAACUAGAAGUUUCGGUAUCGGGCUCGACUUCUACUCCGCCUAGUGGUAGUCCUUCACCACCAUCAUCAUCAUCACCACCACCGCCUUCCGGUGGCUCUCCGGCAAAUGGCCCGUCAAGCCAAUCACCACCACCUCCUCCUCCUCCUCCUUCAAAUGGUGCAAUCAACAUGAGUCCUUGUAAAAUAAGUACACUUUUCUUUGGUUUAUUGGUGUUGUGUGUUGGACUAAUUGCUUAGGGAAGAGGCAAUGCUGUUUUUUUAUUUUAUUUUAAUUAUUGUUUGUAAUAUGUUGUGGUAUUAUUGGCUUUAUUUGUUAUUUAGAUGAGUUUGUGUUUGGUUAGAAAUUGGAGGGUAUAGAGUCUACACCCAUUGUUAUAUUCUGUAUUUGAUGUUAUAUUUUGCUAAUAAAAUGCCCUUCAUUGAGGAA